AUGCAAGCUUUGGUGUAUUUGUUCCUUAUUUUUAUCAUCUGCUUAGAACAAAUUCAUGCAAAAAACGUCACCUUUACACCGGAAUCUAUCAAAAUUACGAUCAAUGACCUUCCAGCACCAAAUGCUAGUGCAUCAGUAGACAAGGAUGCUAUUGUUGUUCAAGUACCACAAGAUCCUGAACUGUUCGUACCAUCUGGAUUUUCUGUUAAACCUUACUUUGUCGGUUUGACAUCGCCGCGCAUCUUAAUAUAUACACCUUCUGGUGAUAUUCUUGUAGCUGAAUCAGUAAUUAGUCGUAUUUCCUGUCUAGUUGAUACCGAUAACGAUGGGUAUCCCGAUCAGCGAACGACAUUUGCUGAUCAAUCGAAUGGCCUUAAUCGACCUUAUGGAAUGAUUUUUCUCAAUAAUUUCUUUUAUGUCGGUAAUCGAGAUGCAUUGCGCCGUUACCCAUGGACAAAUGGUAGUCGAAAACUAGAAGGCACCGGUGAUAUACUCAUGACAUACAAUGCAAACGGCCAUUGGUCACGAUCGCUUACGAUCUCACCAUCACAUGAUAAGAUUUUUGUCGGUAUUGGCUCGGCAACGAAUGUCGAUAUUGACGAUUCGCCUCGAGCAUCGAUUCAACAGGCGAAUAUUGACGGUACAAAUCAGAAGACAUUUGCCGAUGGCCUUCGCAAUCCGACCGGAUUAGCAUUUCAUCCCGUAACCAACGAUAUGUAUGUUGCUUGUCAAGAACGUGACCUUAUUGGUGAUGAUCUUGUGCCAGAUUACUUUACUCGCGUUCGAGAAAAUCAAUUUUUCGGCUGGCCAUAUGCAUAUCUGAGUUCAACUUUGCUUGAUCCUCGACGACGUCUGGCAAAUGGAACAAGUGAACGACCUGAUCUAGUAUCCAAAACACAAACGCCAGAUGUUCUCUUUCAAGCACAUUCAGCCGUUCUCGAUAUGCUCUUUUACACCGGUCAACAAUUUCCUGAACGUUAUCGAAACGGCGCAUUUGCCGCACUACAUGGAUCAUGGAAUAGAAAUGAAGGUACCGGUCAUAAAGUCGUUUUUAUACCAUUUAACAAAGAUACGAAUAGUCCGAUGGGAUACUAUGAAGAUUUUAUUCGUGGAUUUCUAACAGAUCCAUCAGGACCAACGACAUUCGGAAGACCUGUCGGGUUAUUAGUAUUAAAGGAUGGAAGUCUACUAUUUAGUGAAGAUGGAAAUAAUAGACUUUAUCAAGUGCAAUAUGAUCAAUCCACCAGCAGCGGAAUCAGCUACUUUAUAUCGAUAUUACUCCUAAUUACCUGUAGUACUCUUAGUAUUUGA